GAAGGAAGGAGAUCUGCGUGUGGAUAAGAGGCUGAGCUACAGCGGUGAACAUGCAGAAGAGCACCGAGUCGAGUCUGCUGUCCGAGCCAGCAGAUCUGGCAACAGGCAGCACAGGCCCUCCAUCGACGCAGCUGGUGGCCUCGGUGGAGGAAGAUACCGACAUCCGUGCCUUCCUGAGUGACGACAAUGCAGUCAUCCAGUUUGACCAGCUGGCGGAUCCCCUCCUCAAUGGCCACCAUGCGCACCCCAAGACAAAGAAGGAACGAAGGCGCCAGCGUUACCGUGCGCUCGAGGGAGCAUUGCUGUGUACAGGUACUGCGCGCAGACAGACUUUCCAGCACACACGAAGGUUGGGUGUUUAUUAUCUGUGCGUGUGGCUGUGUUACACCCACCCAGCGAGUACCGCCUGUUUCGCGGGUUCAAGUCUGUUCGUCAAGAUCGAGGCUGAGAAGGGCUUCGGUGCGGCAGAGCUGCUCUUCGUUCGAUGCCUCUUGCAGGUCAGACAAACCCAACCACUUUCCAUGGGCACUGCCGUGCACCAGGUGACUGUCGGUCGGUCCGUCGGGUGUGGUGUGUGUCUGUGCGCGCGUGUGUGUGCGAGCAGUUUGCCUUUACAGGUUCGUCGUGUUACUUUCUCCGUGUGGGUUUCUGUCCGGCGGGCACGUCCAGGGCCGUCAAGUGGGGCGUGCUGGCCAGGGGUCUGGUCGACUGCGUCGGUCUGGCACUGUUCUACUUCGGCAUCACACAACUGCAACUCGCAUAUGCAACAGGUACCAGAUGGAUGGAUGGAUGACCCACGUCUGGCUGUGAUGCCUUGACGCAUCCGUGUGUUUGUGUAUCUGUGUGCACUGCAGUGCUCUUCUUCACGGCGCCAGUGUGGGCGGGUCUGAUCGGCAAGUUCUGGCUAAAUGAGCCCUACGGCCUGAUCGACUUCAUCGGAUCUCUCGGCUCCAUCAUCGGCGUCCUCAUGGCGUCCUGGGGCAGUCUGCACUUCGAUCGCGUGACGCCCAUACAGCUUCUGAGCGCUGCGCUGGUGCUGCUGGGCGCUGUGUUCCAGGGCGCCACCUGCUGCAUCAUACGCAAAGUCGGAUCGGACGCCCACUUCAUGUAAGCCAAGGAGAGAGAGAGAGAGGGAGAGAGAGAGGAGAGCAUGUGCAUUGGUGCAUCUGGUAUUGUGUUGUGGUCUAUCGGUUAUGCAGGCAGAUGGUGAACAGUUUCUCUCUGUCCGGUCUCCUCUUGUCGCCCUUCCUGACCAUACUGCCGGGCCAGGGGUGGGUCAACCCGGCAACCCAGGGAUGGGACUGCUGGCUCAACCUGUUCCUCAUCGCAGCGUUUGCCACCGCAGCGGGCAUACUCGUCAACAUCGGCGCACAGCUGGUCAAGGCAUCUGUGGCGGUCGUAUGCCGUUCGCUGGACGUUGUUUUCGCCCUCAUUCUACAGGUUAGCGAGUUAGGCAGGCAGGCAGGCAGGCAACGAUUGGCAGAUCUGCCGGCAUGUGGCUCGCGCGUUGCAGGUGAUAUUUCUACAUGUGGUGCCUGACACAGUGGCGAUUGUUGGAUGCUGUGUGCUGUUCCUGUCGGUCGCGGUGAGCGCUAUCAAGGCGCACCAUGACGUGCUGAGGCGAGGGAGCAUUGUAUCCAUCCUGCACUCGCCGAGCGUCAUCUCUGCGUGUCCGAGCACAUUCGGAUCGGCUUUCACCACACCCAGGGCAACAUGACCUACCUAGUGACACAUUGACUGACUUUAUCGGUCUUUUUCCAUUCAUGCAAUCAAAUGCACUAUGAUGAGAGAUCUGUUUCUGGAUAUACAUUCAAUUCAGGUCUGAUGCCUCCUGCACGCUGCCUCGUGUGGCUGAUGAGACGUGCGCGUGUGUGAAUGUGUGUGUGUGUGUGUAGGAAAGAGAAUGAGCAUGACUGAGGUGAGGCGUCUGUUUUUCGUCUCGUGAGCCUCCUGUGUGUGCCAAUUACAUCGACCAUACCAACACAUCACAUCCGACUGUGCGUGUGCACAUGUCCUACAUUUCGUGUUAUUCGUGUUGUACGUUUUGGACCUGCCUGUGCGUCUGUGCGUGUGAUGUUUUACCGAACGUUUUGCUGCCUCUCUCUCGUGCCUGCCUGCCUGCCUGCCUACGUGUAUGUCGGACUGACGCAUGCGAUGCAUGACACAGAGAGGAAGCUGCCAUGUAAUCGAUGUGUCAUCGGCCAGACUCAUGCCAUCAACCAUUUAUUUCGA